GUUAAUGAAGAAACACAUUUGAGAGGAUUAACAUUGCUGUGGAAAUUAGCAUUUGUAGAGAUUGACUGGGGGUGUUUGUGGAAGAAUGUGAAAGGGCAGUUUGGUCCUGUGGAGGACUGAAGGAUAGCUUGCUUCCCAGCCCUGACACCACAAAGUGGAAUGCAUUGAGAAGAGCAGGUGCUGCAAGGUAGCACUUGGACACUCUGUCUGAGACCAAAGGAGGAAAUUAACCUAUAUCCAUUCCAGCCAUAAGGAAGAUUCAGAAACAGACAUUGGAGUCACUUCAAAAAGGCAACAUGAAAGAAGCUGAGAAACCACGUGCAGAGGAGAAAUUCUGCUGCAUUUCCAAGCUUAAGGUCUUUCUGCUGGCGCUAUCAUUUGCGUAUGUUGGUAAAACGAUGUCUGGUGCUUACAUGAACAGCAUGUACACACAGAUAGAGAAGCAGUUUAAUAUUCCGGCUUCUUUAGUGGGGAUCAUUAAUGGAAGUUUUGAAAUUGGCAACUUGCUGCUGAUAGCAUUUGUGAGUUACUUUGGAGCAAAGCUUCACAGACCGAGAAUAAUUGCUUUGGGCUGCACAAUUCUGUCAUUUGGCUGUCUUUUGAUAUCACUUCCACAUUUCCUCAUCGGACGAUAUCAUAUUGAAAGCAGCAUUUCACCAUUUGAGAAUUCUUCAGUCAUGCCUCUGUGCUUUGUUAAUCAAAGCUCUUUCUCUUCGCCUACAGAGAAAACAUUAACAGAUUGUGAAAAAGAGCCUGGAUCCUUGCUGUGGAUAUUUGUGAUGAUUGGAAACAUAGUACGAGGAAUGGGUGAAACUCCCAUCAUGCCUUUAGGCAUUUCAUAUUUGGAGGAUUUUGCCAAAGCAGAGAAUUCACCUUUCUACUUGGGAUGUCUACAUACAGCAACUGUGAUCGGCCCAUUCCUUGGUUUCUUGUUGGGAUCAUUCUGUGCAGAACUGUUUGUUGAUGUGGGAUCAGUAAAUGCAGAGGACAUAACUAUAACAGUUACUGAUGCCCGUUGGGUUGGAGCAUGGUGGCUGGGCAUUUUGAUUUGUGCAUCACUGAAUCUUCUCGCAGGAAUACCUUUUUGGUUUUUGCCUAAGUCCCUUGUGAAGGAAGGAGAAACCAAUGAACCCGAGGAGUUCAGUAGAAAAAGUGUAGUACUAUUGCAAGAAAAUGAUAAAAAUGAAGCCAAGCAGACCAUGUAUGAAAUUGCUAAAGAUUUCAUCCCGUUCCUCAAGGCUCUGUUUCGCAACCCAGUUUAUAUGUUAUUUAUAUGCAUAACUGUGUUACAGUUCAGCGCAUUCAAUGGCAUGGUAUCCUUCAUGCCAAAAUACUUGGAACAGCAGUUUGGAAAAUCUGCGUCAGACGCCAUCUUUUUAAUUGGUGUUUACAACUUACCAGUUAUAUGCAUUGGAUAUUUUUUUGGAGGCUUGUUCAUGAAGAAGUUCAAGACAAAUAUCUCUCAGGCCGCAACCAUGGCGUUUUGGAUAUCUUUAUCAGAGUACCUUCUCUACUUUGCUGCCUACUGGACUAUCUGUGAUGCUUCACCAGUUGCUGGCCUAACAGUUUCGUAUGAAGGGAUGGACCAAGUUUCAUAUGCAGAAAAUACUCUAUUUGCUGGCUGCAACAGUGAUUGUAAUUGCACACUGAAAGUAUGGGACCCUGUCUGUGGGGACAAUGGAAUCACUUACGUGUCACCUUGUCUUGCUGGGUGUAAAGCCUCAAGGGGAACUGGAAAACAUAUGGUAUUUGAAAACUGCACCUGCGUUGCAGCCUCAGGGUUUUUAUCUCAAAAUGUCUCUGCAAUUCUGGGCCAGUGUGAGAGAGAAGAAAGCUGUGACAAGAUGCUUCAUUAUUUUUUAAUAAUGUCAUUAGUCUGCAGCUUCAUUUUUUCCUUAUCAGCCAUGCCUGGAUAUAUGGUCUUAAUAAGGUCUCUAAAGCCUGAAGAAAAGUCAUUUGGAGUGGGUAUCCAUGGACUAGCUUCAAGAGUAUUUGCUGGAAUUCCAUCUCCCAUUUAUUUUGGAGCUUUGAUAGAUACCACUUGCUUGAAGUGGGGUACUAUGAGUUGUGGAGGAGAAGGAGCAUGCAGGAUGUAUGACAUUGUCACUUACAGAUGGCUCUACCUGGGUCUGCCAGCAAUAUUACGUGGAGUGUCCUAUAUCCCAUGUGUACUAAUUCUCCUUAUAUUAAAGAAGAAACUUAAAUCUUCUGAAAGCAAAGUCUUAAUAAAUGCACCAGUGGAAAUGCAGGCUAAAGAAGAAGAGAAUGAGUCACUAAAAUAGCACUUCAAGGCAGGACAUAUCAUGGAAAAACAUCGCAGUGUAAAUUUAGGACAUAUCUUUGUGAAAAAUUUGUUACUUUUACUAGUGAACUCUUGGACAGACAUUAAUAGAAUUACACCUAGUUAUAUCCUAAUUCUGUUCUUAGAAAAAUACCGGUUUGUAAACAGAGGUUGCAGAAAAAAUGUGAGUGUUUUGUGCAAAAGAGCAAGGAGUAGAAGUAUGAAAAUUUAUGAAAUGCCGGGAUUGAGUCACCCGAGCAAAGGGCUAUGAAGCAAAAACAUAUGUUUUGAAUCCUGGUUUCACUGAAGUUGGUUAGAAUUUUGCCACCAACUCCAGUGAUGCCAGAUUUCAUCCUGGAAUUCCCCAGUGGCUUCUGCCACAGCCUCUCUUAUUGGCUGUAGAUAGGUCACAUAGCUUCUUUGGGCCACAGGAUUCCAUAAAAUUAUUUAAUUAUACUGCCAGUCCUUUCAGGCAAGCACUGUUUGUUAAUCUGCUUAGCGCAGAUGCCCAGUGCUAUGAACCUCGUUUAUGACAUGGCCUGGAUGCUUUGGUAACAAGAACAAAAGAAAAAAAAUUUUUUUUAAACUGCUGUGUUAUGGGGAUAUUUUAAGGCUUGUAUGCAGUGAGGACAAGGAAAAGUUCUCAGAAUUUGUCACUUCAGUCACGUUCACUUUAGAAAGGAAUAACUUGUGCAUCAAGAAUGAUAGAAGGGUAAGUGGGGGUAUUUUGCCAGCAAACUAAUGUCUGUUAAAUCCUAUACCUUUUCACGUUUUGCCAGAUUAUUCUUUGAAUGAUAAAUAAUAGUAGUUGUCUAUGUGCUCUUCCUGGUCUUUGUCCAACUUUUAUUUCUCUCAUAUGUGAUGCUACAAUGAAGGCAGUAUCCAUUUGGGGUUCAAAGUCAGUGAGUCACUGCCCUAAGAUGUCUAAGAUCUCAUAAAAAGAUCCUAAAUGUCUCAGGAACAGACACAUACAGACAAUCCUGCUGAUAGAGAUAUAUAUCAUGCUAGGUGCAUAUUUGGUUGAGUACAGUGCAUCCCUGUUUAGCCUCUAGAUUGGAACUGCCUCACAUCUGCACUUCAGUGCAGAGGAGCUUAGGUCUGUCUGGAGUUGGCCGUACGAGAACUUCUCAAGCCCUUUUAGUUUAGCUGUUGGAAAUCCCCCAAACCCCUAACUGUUGUUCCCUGCUGCAUAAGGCAUGGAGGGAGCUUCUGGAACAGUAUUCUAUACCAUAGACCAACACUCCAGCACUCGCAAGUGUUUUCUACUUACUUAAUCUGUAUUACACAGAAUCACUCUGAUAUUAUACAUCUGGGACCUUCUGCAGCCACAUAAAAACAGGAAGAAUAUUUCACCAACAUAGUUACAUUAGAGCAGUUAUGAGGUUAUACCAGACUCUUUAGCAUGGCUCAUUAACCAUGAUGUAUGUAUGCUUGAAAUUGUUUCAGAAAAAAUCAUGUCCCUCAAAGACAAAACACCCACUUCCUUCCGUGGAGCAGGGAAUUCAGCUCCAAAAUUUAAAGUUUUCAGCUUCAAACAUGGGAGGUCUUACAGUUAAUUCUUUCGAAGAGAGAGGUCACAGCUCCUUUCUUCCUUUGCACCAGCUGAUGGAGCUGAACAGCUAUGACAUGAGGAAGGGGAAGAGAAGAAAAGGAAAAUGUUAUGCAGCCUGUAACACAGCAGAGCAAAGAGUACAAUUCUCUAUUAUGCCCCAGGUAUUCUAGAGGCAUCAUGAAUAUUUGAGGCACAGCUGAUUUUCAUUAUUGUUCUUGCUACCCUAGGGCACUUACUGAAAGCCAUCAUUCUUCGUUGUCGUGAUUAUUAUUCCUCCAAAGCUAGAGUUAAAAAUCUCUUGCAGGCAUUUAGUCACAGUUUGGUGCCAAGGUAACCUGGGAAACGUGAAAAGAUACAGCAGACCAAAGUUUCACAGCUGUGGCAAACAAAAGGGCCUUGUUCGUUAGGUAAAUCUGUGCCAUAUAAAUGGACCACUGCCAAAGAGUCAGGCCCAGUUAACUCACUGUGUUUUGAAAUGGAAGGAAGCAGAUAGAAAAGUCUCCAGGUCUGACGUGUGGCCUUUUGGUACUGAUAUUCAUUUUCUUUUUAACUGUUUCAGUUCAUCUGCCUGAGGAAGUGUGGCAGAGUAACAGCCCAUCCUCACCAGACAGUUUGAAAUCAUUACCCUGCUACUCAAUCUGCUCAUCGACUUAGAAGGUGCUGGGUGGAGAAAAUGAAUGACGGCAUGGUAGAGAGAUUUCUUGGCAUAAGUCUAAGGUGGGAACAUUACUUCUCCAGAGCAAAACCAGGAAAUGGAGAGUACAGGUCAUUCCAAAGCAAUCUUUAUAAAAUCUUUAUAAUAUGUCAUGUCUGGUACAACAAAUAUUCCUGGGAAUAGGUUGAGAGGUUAAAAAAAAUAUUCUUGGAACUAUUCCAUCAAAUGUAAAGCCAGACUUUUAGACUUCAUCCUUCCAAGUUCUGUGCAUGCUGACCUCAAUUCAGCAAAGCAUUUAAGCAUGUGCCUAACUUUAAAAUGAGUGGCCACACUGAUGUUUAUUUUCUAAGCAGGUGAGCUGUGCUCAUGAACUCAAACAUCUCAAGACUGAUCGCAAAAAUGCCAUAGUUGUGACACUCAUUUGAACAGAGACUACUGCUGUAGGUUGCAGUAAGCACUAAAAUCAUAUCUACUGUGCAUGAAAGUUUGGGCUGAUCCUGGUCUGCUAUUUCAAGCACUAAGAUAUGCGUCAGCACUAUGGGUAACACAAGCCAAAAACAGCAAUAAUGUCAGUAGAAGUAACAGAGUAAGUGUGAGGUUUUCUAUAAAGUAGUCACAUAUGAAGUCUUUAGUUGAUUAAACCCCUCAAAUCCCAUCAAAUAAAAACGUGUGGUAAGUUUCUUUUCUGAGUGCUCAAGAGCUGAGCAGAUGGCUUUCACAAUACAGUGAACCACAUUUGUUUAUCACUGGUUCAGUAAAGGAUGCUUAUAGGUUGAGUUUUGAUUUUUAAACCUGCCAAGUGGAGGGCUGGGUGCUUGUGCCUAGAUACAGAAGCUGACAGACACUGAGAAACCAACACUUGAUGUUGUUCUGGCAGUGUGACCAAUACCAUCAUCUUGGAGAUAUUUUAAAAGGAAUGGUACUCAAAACUGUGUGCAUAUCAUGUGUUCAUCUAGUGUUUUGUAUUCAGUGCCUUCUGUAAUGAUUCCUGAUUCUUGAUCUGCUUUUUUGACCAUGGUCCAGUGCUGAGCUGACAUUUUCAAAGAAAUACCCACAAAGUCUUCAGUAUCUCACUGAAAAAGCUCACACUUUAUUUAAAGCAAAUCUUUAUGCAUGUGUAGGAUAUGAUAUUAUUUUUAUAUUUACAUUGUUUUAUAUCAAAUUUUAAUUUCAUCAUCUAUUUCAUUGCCAAGUGUCUUGGUAUUUUACAAGUUGUUAUUAACAGGUUUAGAUCUGUCUUAGAAAAUGUUGUAUCACACACAAAUGUCAUUGUCUCCCUGCUGUUUCUGAUGUUUCUAACAUUAAGAAUUUAAAUCUAUUCCAAGUGCAUGGCUAAAUAUUGCUGAUGAUGCAGUUUGGUUAAGGUAUGAUUCUUUUUAGAGAGAAAAUUCCUCAUCUGGGAGUACAAAAGGGAAAAAAUAUUACCUGUCAAGUGCAUUUUAAUUAAUGGGCAGGAAGGAGGUGUGGUGACCAAACCU